CUUUUUGUCCGACAAACACGUUUGGUUGCACCCGGAAGUGUUGUGAUGGAAAGAAAGGAAAGGGGAAAGCGUCAACGUUGUUGUUUUACACUUCUGAAAUGAUACCGUGAAAGGAUACAGAGGGACAGAAUUUCGGUUAUUACAAGAAUGCCCAUGCAAGUGACCGAAGAAAACCAACUCGGUGUGUGGUGGUGGACUCUGACCAGCUUUCCCAGAUAGGAUACAACUUCGAUUUCAGUGCAAGUACUACGUGUAGUUCAUAAAUUAAGGUAGCUAGUGCUUAGCUGCUCCACAUGUACCCUGUUAACCAAGCGGAAUUCACGCCAGUUGGUGACACUGACACCACAUCUUACAGAAACAAGGAGGGUCCUUGAAUCGAGACAUUACAAAGCAAACAAAAAGUAACGGUUCACACUCGCGACAGCUGGCAGUGGUUCACGCGACUAGCUACUAGCUCUAGUAACUGAAGACAACUUGUGCUGCCACAGGAAGUUGACCAAAUCAAAGACUCUGAGCAACUGAUCCUGUCUUGUACCUGUACAGAAGGAGGUAAGAGGAAUGGCGUCGACUAGCCGUGUAGAUUCACUGCCAAAAGUGCAAUGCCCCAACCACCCAGACGCCCUUCUUGUGGAGGAUUACAGGGCUGGGGAUAUGGUGUGCCCCGAGUGCGGCCUAGUUGUUGGCGACCGAGUAAUUGACGUGGGUUCCGAGUGGAGAACAUUCACAAAUGAGAAGGCUACCAAGGACCCUUCCCGUGUGGGAGAUGCUCAAAACACUCUCUUGAACGGGGGAGAUCUCACUACAAUGAUCAGCAAGGGCACAGGAGCCGCCAGCUUUGACGAGAUGGGCAACUCCAAGUACCAAAACAGGAGGACCAUGAGCAGUUCAGACCGUGCCAUGCUCAACGCCUUCAAAGAAAUCUCAACCAUGGCUGACAGGAUCAACCUCCCAAGAAACAUAGUGGACAGGACGAACAACCUGUUCAAGCAAGUGUAUGAACAAAAGAGUCUGAAGGGCCGCAGCAACGAUGCCAUCGCCUCAGCCUGUCUGUACAUCGCUUGCAGGCAAGAAGGGGUCCCCAGGACUUUCAAAGAAAUCUGUGCCGUGUCCAGGAUCUCCAAGAAGGAGAUUGGACGCUGUUUCAAACUUAUUCUGAAGGCCCUGGAGACCAGUGUGGACCUCAUCACCACUGGAGACUUCAUGUCUCGCUUCUGCUCCAACCUGGGCCUCCCCAAGCAGGUCCAGAUGGCUGCCACGUUCAUCGCCCGCAAGGCCGUGGAGCUGGACCUGGUUCCCGGUCGCAGUCCCAUCUCUGUGGCCGCCGCUGCCAUCUACAUGGCCUCUCAGGCCUCUGCCGAGAAGAAGACCCAGAAGGAGAUUGGGGACAUUGCAGGUGUGGCCGAUGUGACUAUUCGACAGUCCUACCGCCUCAUCUACCCGAGAGCCGCAGACCUCUUCCCACCAGAUUUCAAAUUCGAUACCCCUGUGGACAAGCUACCUCAGCUUUGAACAUUUCUGAUUUUUUGUUUUUGUUUUUUUGGGCCCCCUUCCUUGUGUUCUUGGGUUUUUUUCAUAACCACCAAUUUACAUUAGUAACAUUUCUAAUAACAUUUCUAGGCAAAUAUAAGUCUUGUAGGCAACCUGUUGAAAAAGGAAACGCAUUCCAAAGUUGUAAUCUAGAAUUGCUUAGUGUACUUAAGUUUAGUUCAUAAACAGCAUUUGUGUGUGUGUGUCUGUCUGUGUGAUUUCUGAGGCUCUUUUCAGCCGGGCAAGAUGUUUGUGGUACCUCUCUCUUUGGUCUUUAAACUGACCUGUCAGAAAUGCAUCUCAGAUUUGAUGCCACUGAUUCGGUUCUGAAGAUAUCUCGUCCCAGCAUAAUCUUAAAUAUAGUGGCGGAGACCUUUUUUUUUUUUUAACUGUGGAAGUUUAAAAAACAAGCAUUGCUGGCUGUGUGUGGGCAGAAUUUGCCUGAUAAUAUUUGCCCCCCGCUUGUAUACCUGAACUACCAGGGUAGUAUUCCAAGAGCCUGGCUCAGUAAACCAGGUUAAGGUAACCUUGAGGUUGUGGUAAAUCACCUGGAGUCCUCAUUUUCUUAACGAAAUGAUACAUGCAGGUACAUCUAUUAGCAUGUUUGUUUACCACUCCCUGUAGGUUAACUUAGCCUGGCGUGACCCUUCUGAAACACUGAAACUGCCUCUGACCAGCGACUAGUAAAUGCAAGAAACUGUGAUAACGGGGAGCCAUGUACAUGUCUGCCUGCUGUAGGCAUAGGCACUUGGAGACGAGAGCCAUGGCUGUUUCUAACAGAGGCUUUUUGAAGACGUCGGUCAGUCCCAUGUUUUCGCUGCAGUGGUCACUGCUUUAGGAUUUCACCUGCUAAUCUGAACCAUGUGUGUUGGUUUAUGAUAUGGUCUUGAAGGCACCUAGUCAUAGCCUUGCAUCUUGCUAAUUCUUUUGGUUAAAGGUUAAAGGUUGCCCGCUAAGGGAGGUAUCUGUUUGCUGCCUUGUUAAUAAAAUAUCGAAUUGAGCACCUUCAAAACAAA